AUGGGACUCGGCGAUGAGCUGAGAGGGUUUCAAUACCCAGCAGCGCAAGAGAAUGGCGGUUGGAAGUCCACGGAGCCGGCUUCAUCAAUGCUGGCCGCGCAACUUGCUCCGCGUCUGUCAUCCGAAGGCGAACAGACUCACCAUUUGACCCGAGAGACAUUUGCACAGCUUCGUCAAGAGCUUGCAGGCGGAAUAUAUAGCCAGCUACGUCUUGACGAUAGUGUCACAGAUGUCAACAAGUUAAUUUGCAUCGUCUUAAAAGCUGGUCUGGAGCCUAGCCUCCCUGUGGAUGAAGGCUCAUGCGAUGAUAGUCUGGAGAGACAGACCAUAGACUGUCUUGAAAUUAUACAGAUGGCGGUUGAAAAAGCCCCCCAAGUCUUGAUCGAAAUAUCAGACCCAGGACUUUUGGGUGUUGACAUCCAUGCACCACUCUUCACUUGGCUAGUUCUACGGUUGAUUGAUCUGCUGGGAAGCUGGAAUAAUGAGGCUAUUGAAGCAAAGAUCGUUUCUACGUUCUCAAGCAUAUCUUAUCCGCAGCUCAGGCCAUGGCUUUCCUGUCAACCUGUUUUUGCAUUCCUGCGAGCUUGCACAAUGGACAUAUUGUUAUCUCUAGAGGAUCUGAUCCUCCCCAUACCGCGAGGUCUUGGUAGAAACAAACCCUCCAUACCGACCCCAGGAGGGGUCCUUCUUGUAGAACUAGACAGACUCGGUCUUCCCCGUGCACUCCUUGAGCGAAGAGUCUCUUUGGGGACUAACUCGCAAGCGAUAAUCUUAGCUCUUCGACUGUUAAACUCUUUUCGCCCAAGUUUCACCUGCAAUCCUUGCAUGAAGCGCGAAAACCUUCUGGCUCGUCAGAACCUGGCUUGGAUCUUGAACGGGUAUCGGCGCCUAUGGAAAGUCACCCUUAGCUUACAUCAGAACACCGGGUCCGCUGCUUUGGACAGUACAUCAUGGAUCGCUCUGCAAUUUCUGAUAUCACUGGAACCUAAAAGCGAGCAGGAAUCCUCUCGCUCAAGUCCUUUGCAAUCAGAUAUAGAAUUCUCGCAGACGUGGCUCCAAUGUCUGAGUGAGGCAUUCAGCUUGGAUGGUUUUGGCCAAAUGCCUGCUCUUCAGCUGGGCUUGAGUUCGUUUCUUUGUCGCCUCAGUGAAGCCACUAAAGGGCCGAACAUGCUUGUUGAGUGCAUGAGUUACACACUUCUACCCGUGCUAGUCGAUAUCAGAAAGAACUCCAUGUUCCUGACAUUUGAUUCGGACCUUCAGGGAGCAGUACAAGGCCUGCUCAAAAGGCCCACGCCAGUUAAUUUGAAUGAAACCGAGACGCAUAUUGCAGGGGCCUCUGGUCUCAAGAAAAACGCGCUAAGAGCGGUUGCAGAUCAGUACAAGUCACACGAUGAAGAUUCUCCCCCUUCAAAGCGCCUAUGCCUACCACGUGCUCAUGUCGGACUUGAAAUCAAAAACACUUUCCAGCAACUCGUGGCAAAAUUAUCUGCAUUGCUUCACUGUGGGCCCUGCGAGAGCCUCCAAGACUUGAGGCAAGCCGUUUCAAAGUCAUUUGUAGGGCUUACCGAGCAAGAAAAAUGUGAGGUCUUGAAUUUACUGGGGAGUACGGCGUGUUCUAUGGCUGGAAAUCCCUUUACAAGACCCGUUGGUGCCAUAACCAAAGACAUACCACUGUGUCAGGCCUGCGACAGCGAAGAUUUUAAGGAUGAUUCCGUGCCACAAUGGCGAUGUUCCGAUUUCGACGAGUUGUGGCAUAUAUUUGCCUAUAUCUUACCCAAUCUCACGCGUGCUCCAGGUCUCAGAAUAACAGCGAUGAUUGCUUUGAGAAGAGCCUUGGUACAUGCUCCAAACUCUAGUCAGAUGCAGCUCGUCUCCUCGGUGUUUGGUGAAUUCUGCCUGCAUUCGCUCCGAAGUUCGAUGAGAGAGCUGCGAGUUAUCACUGGGUACUCGGUGACAGCAUUCAUCAGGAAGAAUUUGGAUCCAGAGAUUCGUCGCAGUAACUUCGUCGUGAUUUUAGAAUGGCUUAGGAAUCUAUCCGAGAAGCAUGAGACAUCGUUUCAUGAAACCUGUAUACUGACUCUGUGUCGACUUGCAAGGCUCUCGGACGAUGAAGAGAUGAAUAUAAUCCUCCUUCAUCUAGUGGAGUAUCUCGGCCAUUCGAAUCCAUUUGCUUGCGCAGUGGCAUAUGCAGAACUCUCCAAACUUGCGCAGCAUCUUUCUUUGACACCUGCUGGCUUGUUUCGACCCUUCUGGAGGACCAUUUCUGUGACCGUUGUGAAAAACUUCCAGUCUCGCCCAUAUAUGGCAGAGCAACUCUGUGACUUGCUUGGAAUGACAGUAGAUGAUUUCCUUCGAUUGACCGAACUCUACAUCUUGCCCUAUUUAGUGCUCACACGGAAACGGGACCUUAUCGCCAAAGUUGGGGCAACAUACAAAGAGAUCAAGUCACCCUUCGACAUCUGUUCUGAGAAGAAUAAUCUUGCCGCGAUUCUUGCUUUCCUCUUGAGUCAACCCUCGCCCAAUCCGGAGGCAAUGGCAAUGUCGGUUUUAGCGGAUGUGGACACAGCCUUCAGAGGCCGUACACUAGCAGAGCUAGUUAGAACCGAACCGAUUCUUAUUGCCUGUGACCUGUUAAAAGGCCUUGCGGACUCGAGAGAGACUAAAGGAAACGACUUGAAAUCAAGGUUCCAUCGAGCGCUCGAUCUCCUGGCGGCUCUUGUUCCACGUAAAUCAUCCCACGGAAGUGCAUCGAAGAAGAUGGAUUUGCUAGGCCAUUUCGUGGAAGAACAUGUUCUAGGUAUAAUAACACAAUUUGCGCACGCCGUCAAUGACUUCCAAGUCAGACAACCGCUGCCUGAAAAGAAGAGAUACAUAUUGGCGAUCGGGGAAAUGAUAAAGAUUGCUCGAGGUCAUGUUAGCAGUGCAUUACCCCAGAUUUGUGCUUGUCUGAAAUCGGCCCUUGAUAUUCCGGGACUCUGCGAUCAUGCUUUUGGGGCUUGGGGAGUACUCAUUAAAUCGCUGGAGCGGGAUGAAGUUGAGCCCCUGAUUGACCAAACCCUAUCCAUUGUGAUUAAAUACUGGGUAAGAUUCACUGAAGCGAGUAAAAGGCUUUCUUACGAGGUUAUCGAGCACAUCGUGAGAGACCAUGACGACUUAGUACAGGGAUCGUUCAGCACAAUGCCUUCCCUGGCCUCAAUACCAGCGAUGGCUGAAUUUGAAAUUUGGCUAAACGGGCUCAAAGUGCAAAUGGAUGUACGGAGUCAGUUCUUUGCAUUCAUCCGCCGAUGUCAAAGCGAAAGCGCCACCGUUGUCGAACAGGCUUUGACGGAGCUGGUACCCUAUUUAUCAAAGCAUGAGAGCUUCCUCCAUAGUUCUGUCCUCAGUGAGCAGCCAGAUCCCGUCGUUGCACAAUUAACGCGAUCCCUUUUGGACUGCUGUGUGAAGUUCAAAACCAGCUCAGACUCUAUUACGGUCCUUUCAGCACGAUGCCUGGGCCUCAUAGGCUGUCUAGACCCGAACCGAGUGGACUCGGUCAAAGAAAAGAAGGACAUUCUCGUCUUAUCAAAUUUUGACAGCAUGGAGGAGACGUUUGAUUUCAUACUCUUUUUUUUACAACACAUCCUAGUUGAAGCAUUCCUAUCAGCAUCCAACACUCGAGCCCAGGGAUUUCUCGCGUAUGCGAUGCAAAACUUGCUCAGAUCUUGCAAGCUAGAUUCGGCUGUGAUCCAGCGCCACCGCGAUGUUCAAGCAGACGAGAAAUACCAUCGUUGGCUAGAGCUCCCCGAGACUGUACGCAAUACAUUGACACCAUUUCUCACAUCAAAGUACACAGUCACCGUUGGUGCUAUCCACUCAAACUGCAAGUAUCCACUGUUCUAUGCUGGAAUGACACAUGGUGAAUGGCUACGAACAUUUGUUCAAGAUCUGCUGCAGAAAGGAAGUGGUGAUAAUGCACAGUUCAUAUUCGGAAUUUGCAGUCGCAUUGUCAAAGGCCAGGAUAUCUCAAUAGCGUCCUUCCUUCUUCCUUUUGCAGUGCUUAAUCGCAUAGUUGGUGGUUCGGAGGAAGAAAAGUUGGAUUUACAGUUUGAGUUGACAACUGUUUUAUCACACCCUCUCCCUGAAGCAAGCAAUCAUGUUAGCGAAGCCAUGAUAUUAUGUAGCCAAAGUGUUUUUGAAGUUUUGGAUUAUCUGUCAAGGUGGCUGCAGGGAAAGAAGAAGCAACUCAAUAGCAUGAGUAGCCAUGGCCAUCAUUCCAAUCGAACACAUAAAGAAGCCGCUCGGAACUCGCUUGCAGGGGCAUAUUCCUCACAUAUCAAGGCCGUUGAAAAUCUCUUGGCUUCGAUUCCACCAGAAGUCAUUUCAAAGAGAGCUGUUGAGUGCAAAUCCUUCUCCAGAGCUCUCUUUCACUGGGAACAAUACAUUAGGCAAUGCAAGAAUCAGGCAGUUGAACAGGAGCGGACCAACAUCGAACCAUUCUAUCAACGUCUACAGGACAUCUAUAGCCAAAUUGACGAACCAGACGGCUUAGAAGGCAUUUCAACUCACUUACAUGUGCUUAACGUCGACCAGCAAGUUCUCGAGCACCGAAAAGCCGGGAGGUGGGCUACAGCGCAAAGUUGGUAUGAAUUACAACUCGAGAAAGAACCAGGAAAUAGCGAUGCCCAAUGGAACCUUAUUACUUGUCUUAAAGAAUCUGGGCAGCAGGAUGCUAUCCUCACUCGAUUUGAAGUCCUCAAAGAGAAUGAAUCUGCGCUCUCCAGACUCCUUCCUUUCGCUGUGGAAGCUUCGUGGAUUACAGGGAGAUGGACGAAACUUCAUAACUAUCUCCAGUUACGCUCAGACCAAAAUACGGGGUAUUUCAACAUUGGUAUUGGAUCAGCCCUCAACGCUUUUCGACAGGGCGACAAAAUGUCAUUCGGGGAAAUAAUCAACAGCCUACGGCUUAACGUCGUAAAGUCUUUGACUACGAAUUCCGUCGCAUCAUUACAAUCAUGCCAUGAUAGCAUCCUUAGACUUCAUGCCUUAACGGAAGUUGAAUGCAUAGCUAACUCCGGCAGCGAGGGAGCGAACUCACACUCACGUGUUACCGAUGCCUUGAACCGCCGCUUAGAUGUCCUUGGUGGUUAUAUCACUGAUAAGCAAUACCUCCUUGGCUUGAGGAGAGCUAUGAUGGAGCUCACAGGCCAUUUUACAGAUUCCGACAUAGCUGCUGCUUGGUUAACCAGCGCCCGCCUCUCGCGGAAAAGCAAUUUCAUCAACCAAGCAUACCGUUCAAUGCUUCAUGCUGCUAGAUUAAAGGACAAAUCAGCAACAGUCGAACACGCGCGACUUCUGUGGAAGGAUGGUCACCAUCGAAAAGCCAUCCAAACCCUAAAAGGCGCAAUAGCUGCCAAUGAGUUUGCAGCAACUCUUCCAUUGUCAGGCGAUGCUGAAUGGAAUCAAGAUCAACACCAGAACAUGCUCGCCGCAAGGGCACAUCUCUUGCUAGCAAAAUGGACUGAUAGAGCCGGGCAAACACAAUCUGAUGUCAUAGUCCAACGAUAUCGUGAAGCGAUCAAACUUCAUACGAGGUGGGAGAAAGCACAUUAUUACCUUGGCAAGCAUUACAAUAAGAUAUUGGACUCCGAGAAAAACAAACCACUCGGAAAAGAGGCACAAAUAUACCUGAGUGGUGAAGCUUCGAAACUCGUAAUCGAUAACUAUCUCCGCUCGUUGGCACACGGCAAUAAAUAUGUAUUCCAAACAUUGCCAAAGGUGCUAACACUUUGGCUGGAACAUGCCUCAACCGUUGACCAACCAUUUGAUCCAAAGAGAGGCGACAAUGAGGACUUCCAAGUGCAUACAUUGAACCAACGGAAAAAGAGCCUAGACGACAUGCACGCACAACUGAAAAAAUACACGAUGAACCGGAUGCCAGCGGUGCUAUUAUUCACAAUACUCCCUCAAGUGGUUGCGCGAAUUUGUCAUCCAAACUGGACAGUAUAUGAUCUAUUGACAAGAAUCGUGACCAGAGCAAUCAAUUCUUUUCCUCAACAGGGUUUAUGGACAGUCCUCGCUGUUGUCAAGUCUUCUUCUAAAGACCGAGCCUCAAGGGGGGUCAACUGCCUGCACAAAAUCACGGAGUUGAAUAAAAAGUCGAACAUGCGCAACAUGAUUAAUCAGGGACAGAAGUUUUCGGAAGAAAUGCUGCAAUUAUGCGUGACGCGCAUAGAGGAUAAAGCUUCCAGAAUCAGCCUGGCACGGAACUUAGGGUUCAACCAUAAGGUUGCACCUUGCCGAUUAGUUGUCCCAUUUCAAAUCAUGUUAACCCCAAGCCUCCCUGCCAGCCAUGAAUCGGAAUACUUAAAGGGAUUUAGUGCUUUCCCGCGAGAUCCCAUUACCAUAGAUGCUGUUCGAGACGAUGCCCUGGUCUUAAAAUCACUUCAAAAACCGCGAAAGAUCAGCAUUAGAGGCUCUGAUGGGAAGAAUUACAGCAUUCUUUGUAAACCUAAAGAUGACCUUCGCAAAGAUCAGCGCCUCAUGGAAUUCAACAAUAUGAUCAACAGGUUUCUGAAACGGGAUGUUGAAUCAAGCAAACGGCGCAUGUAUAUCAAAACUUAUGCCGUGACACCUCUGAAUGAGGAAUGUGGGCUCAUCGAAUGGGUUGAUAACCUACAACCAUUGAGAAACCCUAUCAUCAGAUUGUUGAGAGAGAGGGGCAUUGUGCCAAAUUACAAGGAAGUUGCACAUUACCUGGCCGAAGCAUGCUCGGACAUUUCAAACCUCCCUUUAUUCACAACUAAAGUUUUGGCAAAGUUGCCUCCUGUGUUGCAUGAAUGGUUUGUUGAAAUGUUUCCGGAGACAGGAGCAUGGUUUGUUGCAAGACUGAGGUACACUCGGUCCUGCGCUGUCAUGUCAAUGGUGGGAUAUGUUCUAGGGUUGGGUGACCGACACGGGGAGAAUAUUUUGUUCGAAGAGGGAACAGGCGGGGUUUUACAUGUUGAUUUCAACUGUUUAUUUGACAAGGGAUUAACAUUCGAUAAACCUGAACUGGUCCCGUUCCGUCUUACCCAGAACAUGACUGAUGCAUUUGGUGCUUAUGGGUAUAAUGGCCCCUUUCGGAGAACAUGCGAAAUCAGCCUCGGUCUUUUGCGCCAGAACGAAGAUGCUUUGAUGACUGUAUUGGAAACCUUCCUGCAUGAUCCAACGACCGAUUUUAUCCCCAGAAAGCGCCGCACUCAUGCGAGUGUACCUGAGACGCCUGCUAGUGUUUUGGAAAAUGUGCGCAACAAACUUCGGGGUCUUCUUCCUGGGGAAUCUGUCCCACUCUCGGUGGACGGUCAUGUGGACGAACUUAUUAUGCAGGCAACAGAUCAUAGGAAUCUCGCAGCGAUGUAUAUUGGAUGGUGCCCGUUUUUUUAA